CUGCUGGUAUCAUGAGUUGCUCGGAUGUGGUGAGGCAUCAGGCGCAGGCGACGUGUCACCCGUCCCAGGUGAAACUGCCCGCAGCGUCCGCCGUGUGUUCCACGAGUCCUUGCCCGUUCUCCAGCCCAGCGGUGACGCCGAGCCAACAGAAUAAAAUAGUUGUAUACAGCAAGAUGCAAGAAACUCUGGAAUUGACACUUUCUAAUAAGCAAGAGGAAGAUGACAAAGAUCAGCCUACUGAAAUGGAAUACCUUAAUUCUCGCUGCGUCCUUUUCACUUACUUUCAGGGAGACAUUGGCUCAGUGGUGGAUGAACACUUCUCAAGAGCUUUAAAUCAAGCUAACAACUUUAAUUCAGAGGCUGUUCUUUCAAAAACCAAAACAGAUUUAUGUAGAGAGAACACAACAAUUGCAAGCCAAAGGAGGAGCUUCCCAGCUUCAUUUUGGACCAGUUCUUAUCAAACUCCACCUCCACCAUCUUUAAGUGGAAUUCAUCAUGAUUUUCCCAUUACUAUACCAAGCACCUUUUCAGUAGCAGAUCCUAACAGCUGGCCAGGACAUACGUUGCAUCAGACUGCUCUACCUACUCCAUCUAACAUGCCAGAGUCUUGGCAUUAUCCUUUAGCAUCUCAGAUGAGCUCUUCAUAUGGACAUAUGCAUGAUGUGUAUAUGCAUCACCGUCAUCCCCAUGUACACAUGCAUCAUCACCAUCAUCCGACUUCACAUCUCGACCCACGGUACAAACCUUUGCCAAUGCCUUCAGUUUGUGCAGGGAAGAUUCCUCCACCACAGUGUGACGCAACAAAGUCAGAUCCUACUACUGUCAGCUGUGCUACCUCAGCUUGGGCAGGAGCCUUUCACGGGACAGUUGAUAUUGUGCCAACAUUUGGAUUUGAAACAGAGUUCAAGACAGUAUACUUGGUUUUUCCUAUUUUAUCUUCAUAA